AUGAAAGUGCGGAAAGAAAGGCGCAGAGUAGCUUGCACAUACUGCGCGGUGAUUUGCAGUCACCCGGAGAUUCAAGCAGCUUUGCCGACGAGUGUUGCCAGAGGCUACCAGGCCCUGCCGCCGACAAGAUUGCGCCUGCUGCGCGGGAAGUCUUCUUGGGUGACGUCCAACACCAUGAUCACAAUACUGGCAGCUGUCAGAGAGGCUCUCCAGCCCUGGCUUCCUUUGGUGAAGCCAAUUUUGCUCCUGGACACAGCUGCUCCGCACUUGCCGAAGAGAGUGCUUUCUUUCUCUAAGAAGAAGGGGUUGCAACUUCUUUUUGUGCCGGCGUGGGGCACCAGCCUCACGCAGCCGCUGGACGUAUACGGCUUCGCUGCAUUCAAUCUCUACCUGCGGCGCAAGUACAUGGAACAAAGACAGACAGCGCUGGACGGGCAGCCUGUUCGCCGCAGAUCUCGUCUCAUGAAAAAGGCGUCGGGCCUGUCCACUGGUGCCUACAUCGACGUGGAGCUCUACAAGCAGCGGCGUUGCUUUUUAAGCAGCCUCCAGUUGCCGAAAGCGAAAGUGCAGAUCCUGCGGAUCUGCCUCCAGUUGCCGAAGCCGAAAGUGCAGAACCUGCAAAUCGCCUUCCAGUUGCCGAAAGCGAAAGUGCAGACCCUGCAGCUCGUUGGUGUGUUUCGUGAGCAGCACUGCAGUGGACAGUGGCAUUUUCAUGUGGCCACAGCGCUGUCAGUGCCUUGUCGCUGGGCUGGAUGGAAGAGGGAGCUGGCGAAAGCCGGAUAUGUAGCCCACUUCGCAAACAUGUCUAUCGAUGAUCACAGCAAGCACAGAAAGCUCCAAUAUGCUUACAUGUUGCGGUACCUUUGGUUGCCGAGUGAGAAGAAAGGUUUGUCAGCCUUGGACAAGGACCCAUUAUUGUGUUGCUCUGGGGGCCGCAAGCAUCCGCCGCUUUUGGAUGCAAUCAACGGCGCGCUGGACAGUGCUGCGAUUGAAGAGAAAGUUGCAGAGCGCUUUUUGCAGCGUUACGCUGCUGGCAAGCAGAAACCCGCCAAAUUCGCAGACCUCGAGCUGUGGCCGAUUGUGAAGCACCUUGGAGUACAGCCAGAUGACCCUGUGCUGCUGGCAAGGUUGCUUCAGCAUGGCCGUGAUUCGGGCAACGAGCGUCUCCUCAACUAUCUAUUUGCCAACAGUGGGCAGAUCAGACAGAAGGUGGAGAUGUGUUGCGCUUUGGAGACAUGUGACCGAGCUGUCGCAGAAGCGGAAACGAAUGCUUGGCAGCGCUUCACUUCCGCCUUGGCGCAGCCGUGUUCGCCGCAGAUCUCGUCUCAUGAAAAAGGCGUCGGGCCUGUCCACUGGAGACUUAGCUUGGCUCCUGGCUCGGCGUGCGGAGUAAAGGCCAAGUAG